AUGGAUUCCUUCUCACGGUUACCGUCGGAAAUCCGAAGGUACAUCCUCGUUGAUGUCGAGUCAUAUUCCGCUAUCAUGAAGCUCAUCCGCGCGUCCCCCACGAUGCUAUGGCAGUAUACAACAGACCGCUACAGUAUCGCCCGAGAUAUCCUCCGGCCAAUAUUAGCUUUGGAUGACGCCGGUACUAUCCUCCAGGAUGCUCUCAUUGUCGUACACAGUCGCAAUCAUGAUGUUCGCCUCGACACCGACUAUGACCUUUCGCGCUUACUGGCACGAGAUCGCCCCGAUCCCGUAGCACAAAAGGACAAAGACAUGACGGUGAAGCUCUACCGGACAAUAUCCUUCGCUAUUUGUUGGAUAGAAGACUAUAUCAGUAAAGCCACAGAUCCAUUUCCUUCCCAAGCCUACAUGGCCCUUCCGGAGAUGGCGACUGGCUGGACUGGAAUGCGGUAUCAAGAUGAGAUAGCCGAUAUCAAACCAGUAUUCUUCAGUCAAUUCAUGUCAUCGGAGAGGUGCCGCUUUCUAAGAGCAUUUCUUAGAAUGGAGGUUCUUCUUAGAUCCUAUGUUCUCGUCCCCUUUUCCUUAAGAUUCCGCUGGAUGCACAUAACACCUUUUUGGUUUCUCAUACAUGGUCCCAAUGACAAGGAUUGGAACGCUGUAUUGUGUUGUGCGACAUACUUUUGUAUUCUCAGCAAAUUUCUUUUUGAUGGAUCGAUAUGGGUUGAACCAAGGAGAAGUCCUCGAAUAGCCUAUAAGCAGAAUUUCGCCAGCCCUAGUCUCCCAGAUCGACCCUCAUUAGAGUCUAUCACAGACACCAGUCUCGAACGAAGAACGUCACUCAGGUUUCCGGAAUCUGUCUGUGUUUAUACGGGGCCUUACAGCCCCUACUUGUACUGUCGCAUCCUUAGCUUCAGCGACCUUAGCUUCAUGCUGUUAUCGGCUACUCGAACUGGGAAGAAACCAGAUUACAAAACAUUCACUAAUGCCCAGAAGGUCAGACUUCACAAUCUACGUUUCAGCGUUACCCUCCUUGAGGAAUUGAGCGCGGAACGUCGAUUGAAUAAUACGGUGACCAGAUCCUAUGGAUCUUUGGGGAUAUGCAUCGACAGGAUGAAUGGUUCACCUGAGAGUCCUUUGACGUCUUGCUAUAUUGAAGCUGAUUAUCUCCAUGAAAAUAUCCGAUUACAAAGAGCAUUCGGCAUGUUCGAAGACGAAAGGCUUUAUCCGGGCGGCAAAUGCACCAUUCCCAGCUUGGAGGACCUUGAGAGACUAGCAGAUGAUACUUGGCGAUCAUGUGGCGUUAGCAAAGAUGAACCCAGCGUCAUCAAGGGUCAUGUAUAUACGAGACAUUAUCGCUGA